AUGGUUGCCUUUGACCUAUGGGCUUAUGAAGCUUUGACUCUCCUGGCUGGGGGGUUGCACAGUCCGAUCGCGCUGGCCGAUCAUAUCGCCGUCUCGAACGUCUACAGCUGGGCAUAUCUGAUGUUCCGCGGCGUCUCCAAAGCUGCCACAGCUUUGGUUGGAGCCGCUGUUGGUAAGAAGGAGCUUGCCGAGGUUGCCAGAGUCUUGGAGGUCAGCUUCAAGGUGACGCUUGCCAUUUGCACUGUGAUGGUUGCAUGUUGCUGGAUUGGGCGUGGUCAGCUGGCUUUGUGGCUGCUGAACGAGGAUGAAAACUCUCACGAGGCUUUCGUAAGUGCCUUUCCCUACAUGCUUGCAGAGAUCUUGAUUGGUGGCGUGAACAGCUUGCUCAGCUGUGUCUUCGCCGCCUUCGGUCGACAAGGAUCCGUCUCGCUGGGCCUCUUCAUCUGCCAGUGGGUAGUGCAGCUCCCUGCUGCGUGGCUUCUGGAGUAUGUGGCUGUACUUGGUGUGCUUGGCCUGUGGAUUGCAUCUUUUUCCGCGAACGCCCUAAACAUGAUCUACAAUGGUGUCCUCAUGAGGCGCUCCUUGCAGUCUCUGCGCAAGCAAUUCCACGGCAAGCCGGCCUACGAGUGUGAGAAAACGCGUGGCGUGAAGGAAAUGCAUGGUGUGGUCCCUGUGCACUGCCCCGUGCCUCCCGCCGACAAAACCUCCCGUUGGUUGAAUUGUGAGUUUUGGGGCUUGGGGCUCAGCCUUAAAGUUUGA